GUGGCAAUAAUACUACUAUUUAAGGCACAAUUUUCAGCUCAGAAAUCAGAAUCUUCAUUAUUAAUUAGCAGUGCAAAAUUUUGCAUGAAAAUAGAAAGUUGAAACUCUGCAGGUAGCCUUAGCUCAGCUCAAAUUCUUUGUUGUGAAUUGAAGAGGAUUCAGGUGUUGGAGAUAUGUCGCCUAUUGGUGUCCGGUUGUACAUACAAGAUCGCCAUGUGAUGAUGGAUAAUGGCAUAGUUCAAGUGACAAUAUCAAAUCCAGAGGGGAUUGUGACUGGCAUACGCUAUAAUGAUAUUGACAAUCUUCUUGAAGUCCUCAAUGAUGAAUCUAACAGAGGAUACUGGGAUGUGGUCUGGAAUGCCACCGACACUGGGAAAUCUGGAAUCUUUGAAGUGAUCAAAGCCACAAAGUUUAGUGUUAUAAUGGAAACAGAAGAACAGGUGGAAGUAUCAUUCUCAAGGCCAUGGGAUCCCUCCCUGCAGGGAAAGUUUGUGCCACUGAACAUAGAUAAAAGGUUUAUUUUGCUUCGCGGGGCUUCUGGUUUCUACUCCUACGCCAUUUAUGAGCACGUCGCUUCGCCAGACUGGCCUGCAUUUAGCCUUGGGGAAACCAGGAUUGCAUUCAAGCUCAGGAAAGACAAGUUUCAUUACAUGGCUAUGGCUGACAAUAGGCAAAGAUUGAUGCCAUUGCCGGAUGACAGAUCAACAGGGAGAGGCCAGGCCCUUGCCUACCCGGAAGCAGUCCUACUUGUCAACCCUGUUGAGCCUGAACUUAAAGGAGAGGUUGAUGAUAAGUACCAAUAUUCAUGUGAUAACAAGGAUAACAAAGUCCACGGAUGGAUAUCAACUAAUCCUCCAGUAGGUUUCUGGCAAAUCACGCCCAGUAAUGAGUUCCGAACUGGUGGGCCCCUGAAACAGAAUCUCACUUCCCACGUGGGCCCCACCACCUUGGCGAUGUUCCUUAGCGCUCAUUACACCGGCGAUGAACUAUCGCCGAAAUUCGCGCAAGGCGAGGCCUGGAAGAAAGUUUUUGGUCCUGUUUUCAUCUACCUCAACUCUGCAAUGGAACCUGAAGAUGCACUCACCUUAUGGGACGACGCCAAACAGCAGAUGCUGAUUGAAGUCCAAAGCUGGCCGUACAGCUUUCCAGCAUCAGAGGAUUUCCCAUCAGCAGACAAGCGUGGAAGUGUCAGUGGCAGAUUAUUAAUCAGCGACAAGUACAUCUCUGAUGAUCUUAUUCCGGCUAAUGGUGCGUAUUUGGGGUUGGCUCCACCUGGAGAUGCUGGAUCUUGGCAAAGAGAAUGCAAGGACUAUCAAUUUUGGAGCACUGCAGAUGAGGAUGGCUACUUCUCCAUCAACAAUAUACGCCCCGGCGACUAUGAUAUGUAUGCUUGGGUCCCUGGAUUCAUCGGAGAUUAUCGAAACGAAGCCGCCAUAACCAUAACUUCAGGCAGUGUUAUUGAUAUGGGUGACAUGGUUUAUGAGCCUCCGAGGGCAGGACCCACACUGUGGGAGAUCGGCGUUCCUGAUCGCAGUGCUGCUGAAUUCUACGCUCCUGAUCCCAACCCCAAGUAUAUAAACAAGCUCUAUGUUAACCACCCUGACAGGUUUAGACAAUAUGGAUUAUGGGAACGAUACUCAGAGUUGUAUCCAAACGGGGACCUAGUGUUCACUGUAGGUGAGAGCGAUUAUACAAAAGAUUGGUUUUACGCUCAGGUCACAAGGAAAAAAGAUGACAAAACAUAUCAGGGAACUACAUGGCAAAUCAAGUUUAAACUCGAUAAUGUCAACCAUGAUGACGUAUACAAAUUGCGUGUGGCAAUCGCUUCAGCAACUUUCGCUGAAUUACAGGUUAGGGUUAAUGAUCCAAGCUCAAACAAGCCAGUAUUUAGCAGUGGAUUGAUAGGGAGGGAUAACUCAAUUGCUAGGCAUGGAAUACAUGGGCUAUACUGGCUGUAUAAUGUGGAUAUACAGGGGAGUCUGCUUGUUGAGGGGGAUAAUAAUGUCAUUUACUUGACUCAGCCCAGGAAUCAGAGCCCAUUUCAAGGAAUUAUGUAUGACUAUAUUCGCUUAGAAGCUCCUCCUACUAUGCCUAAAUGAUGUGAGCUUCAAUUCAUUCCUUUUUGUAAUCAUCAAUGUAAUGUUAAAUUAAAUAUAUGAAAUAAAAUAUUUUCUCUCUUUU